AUGUAUCUGACUCUGAGAGAGCUGGAUCUGAGCUACAAUCACCCGGGACAAUCAGGAGUCCAGCUGCUCAAACACAAGCUGGAGGAUCCCAACUAUAAACUGCAGAUACUCAAUGUGGAUCAUGGAGGAGAGAUCAUGAUGACAGCAGGAUCACGAAAGUAUGCCUGUGGUCUCACACUGGAUCCAAACACAGCAAACACUCGUCUCAUUCUGUCUGAUGAGAACAGGAAAAUCACAUGUGUGAAAGAUCAUCAGCCGUAUCCUGAUCAUCCAGAGAGAUUUGAUGAGUGUCAUCAGGUUCUGUGUGUUGAGAGUCUGACUGGACGCUGUUACUGGGAGGCUGAAUGGAGUGGACGUGUUAAAAUAUCAGUGUCAUAUAAAGGA